AUGAAAGAAGAGGAUUUCAUUGCACCAAACGAUCGUUUGCAUGAUGACUAUGUCACUUCAAGACCAAUGAAAGAGUGGCAUAACAUAGAUUCUUAUGUCACCAAGUUACUGGAGAAUAAUCCAGGGUUAUUUGAAUAUGAUUGUUUCGCAGUCUGUUGCCGGAGCUUGAGUUUGUUAUCAAAACAGGUUUCGGAUUGGCCAAACAGUGUCUCUAAAUACGCCUCCACAUUACUUUCAAAAUGGAAGGGACCCGAAAAACAACACUGGCUUGAGCUCGCAAAAAAAGCCAUUCAGCUCACCGAAGAAAUUGAUGAACUAGCACCACGUAAACAUCAACGUGGACAAGAGCCACAAACACCAAAAAAUAAGGAAGGAGAGCCUUUGAAUGGAAUGGCACUUAGGAAAACAAAGAAGAUUUGUUACACUGAAUUCUCAAGUCCAGGUUCAUCAGAUUUAGAGGAUGUAGAAAGCACACCAUGUCUGACAACUCAUUCAGUCACACUCCUGUCACCAAUUCUCCUUGCAUUUUGCAAAGCGUUUCCUGAUGUAAAAUAUAUGUGGGUAGAGAAGGAUGUGAGAUCAAUUAAAGAAGCAAACGUUAUGUUUAUGGGUAAUAUUGGAGAACGAAAGGCAGAUUUACUCAUUCUCAGGUUAUCUGAUGCAAGAGAACUUUUGAAUGUUGAAGUUUCUGGACCUCCGUAUAGAUCCACAAAAAAACAUACUGUUGGUGAU